UGAUGCUUCCAGAGAAGAGUGAUUAUUUCCCUCCCUAGCAGCCUCUGAUCACCUGCCUUUAAAACGUCAAGAUGCCUAUGUCCACUCUUCCAGCAGCUAUUUUGUCUCACAUGAUUGCUAUUAACAAUGUACCUCCUCCCCCACUUCGCAGUAUACCAAGCUUGAAAAUGUCUAAGCACAUUAAUUAUGGUCAGUUGAAUGCAUUAUGCCACAUUAGAGGACUACAACACAGUCAGAGCUUUCUCAAUAUUGGAUCAGCUCACAACACAUUUAUGAAGCAAUAUCCUAAAAUAUUCCUGCACAAGAAACCCACACUGCCUAAGACUUUCAAGCAGGAAAAACAAAGAAAACCUAAAGUAAAUGUAGAAGACAGUCAAUACCAGGAUCCUGAUGAUUCUCACGAUAUAGCUGUCCAUAUUAGAAAAGCACGUGGUGGCCAAGAUUUACAUGGACCAAAAGUAUCCCCAGAGAAAAUAGCAGAAUUCUUAACUAUCUUAAAGAAACUGCCUGUUCACAGAACAACACAUGAACACAAUAUCGUGUGGAAGAUGCUGAAGACAAUUCCAGAUUUAAAUUCCAGGCUAAACCGGGAGCAUCUGAAGACAAUUAGCAAGAAUCUCAUUUCUGAAACAUGGAUAAAAGGCAGUACAGUGACUGGAAAUGAUGGUUUUUAUAUAAUACUGAAAGGUGUAGCACGACUUCAGCCACAGUUUUGUAAUAAUUUGGUUGGAGGAAGGGACUCAGCAGUUGGUUACAAGCCUCAGACUUUCAGUAGCUUUGUGAUCUUUGAAGACUUGAGAAGCUCUGAAAUUGCUAAGCUGUGUUCAUCUUUACGUGACUCUAAGCUUGGACAAUGGAGUACCUUUGGGUCCCUGGAGACUGAAUUAGAACCACAGUCUUUCUCAGUGGUGACAGAAGAGGAGUGUGAAAUUCUGAAAAUCCCUGCAAAGGAGUAUGCAAAGUUAAAAUUGGAAAUGAUAAAACAUGAAAAUGUACAAAAGUUUAAAUUAAUCCAUAAGUGUCCAUAUUAUGAAGAGUGGCCUACUUUAUCCAUAAAUGAACUCGUUGCACUCAUCAAAUGGAAAAAAUUUCCUCCAGGUCAUGUGAUUGUGGAAAGUGGAAAUAUAAUGUCUUUUGUGGCUUAUAUUAAUUCUGGAUAUUGUAACAUCUAUAGAAGUAUCAUAGGACUUGUGAGACUGCAAACGAAUAAAGUGAAUUAGACCAAGUGACAAAACAACUUAUGCUCCAAACAGCUAAGCCAACAUUUGGCCAUUUGACAGAUGAAGAUGUCAAACUUAAAUAUUUGCAAAGAGAACUACGAAAGGAAUGGAAGCAUUUCAAGGAUAAGACCAUGGAAAACACCUUGUAUUACAAUGGAAUUAUACCAGGCUUUGGAAAAUGGAACCAUUACUGGACAAGCAUUCCCAGGAACCUAAAGGAUACUCUAGUGAAUUAUUAAACUUAUUAAACCUAGCUCAAAAGAAGCUUGAGUUUCAGCAAGAAUUGUUGAUGUUUUUAUUUUAAACCACUAUAGAAUAUAUGCUUUGCCUUAUGCUUCCUUUAUUUUC